AUGGGCACUGAAACAUUCACGGUGAUGGCGACCGAGACGUUUGCUGGAAGAGAGUCACGUGGGUCGAUACGUCCAUGGCAACUGAAACAGUUCUCGAUUGAUGCUGGUCGUCGCGAUGUGUCCCGAAUCGAGCAGUCUGCUUCCGGAAUGAUUCCAAUAGCCGCAGGGCUCCGAGCUAAGUUAACUUUUGCCAUGGGAUCACGUGUGAUGCUCCGGAGAACUGUUGACCGUGUCAAGGGAUUAGUAAAUGGACUUACCGGAGUUCUCGAAGAGGUUCAACGCGUUGGAGAAAUGAUUAGCACCAUUGGAAUUCGUUUCGACAGACUGCCUGAGGAAAUUGUGAGGAUCGCUCGUGUACCUGGAACAUAUGAAUUGAACAGAGGCGUUAAAAUGACUAGGUCCCAUUUUCCUUUGGAGCCUGCACCAGCUGUCACAAUUCACAAGUUCCAGGGACUCAACAAUGUGCUGUUAGCGACAAGUUCAAUUUUCACCACCGCGCAGUUCUUCGUUGGAUGCAGUCGCGCGAGAACAAUGGAUGGUCUUCAUCUCAUCGAUUUGGAUCCGACAAAAGCAACCGCUGAUCCAAAAGCAAUCAAGGGAUACGACCGAUUAAGGACACAGGCUGUAAUCAAUGACGCUUCUGAAGUAUAA